UCUAGAGAGCAGCAAUGAGAUAGGAAGAGACAGUCACAGAGAGAGAGAGGAGACAGAAAGAGAGGAGCACGAGCGAGCGGAGAGAGCAAAGAGAGAGCAGUGAGAGAGAGCGAGAGAGAGGGGGGGAGAGAGAAAGAGAGAGAGACAGAGAGAGCGAGCGCAGAGAAAGAGAGGGGCACAGUUUGCUCCUGCAGCGCUGCAAGGACAGACUCCACUGACAGAGGAGGGGACACACACACAGCCCAGCCUGAAGAGAGACAUGUCUACAUAACAGGACCAUCAGCACACUAAUCAUUUCUGGACACUGACAGCAGCACAGAACACAAAUAGAUGCCAAGGACUAGCACCUCAAAACAACCUCACCCUCACAGAGAGGGAGGUCACAUUUUGAAGGUGGAACAGUUUGAAGACGGACACGGUAAAGGAAGACAUUUGUUCUGGAAGAGACCAACCAAAACAGGAGUAAUCAACAGUAUCAUCUCCUCUCUGCGAUCUAUCUCUUGGAAGUGAAAAGGAGAGACUUUACAGUACAGGGCACUGGGCUGUGCUGCUCUGCCUUCAACACUCAUACCCUUCUGUGCCGCUACUGCUGUUCCAAACCAGGCUACAUCAGACAGAGGUACGCUGAACUGAGCAGCUCUGCUCUACACUCUAGCUAGCUGUACUGCACUGACUGACUGGUUGACUGACUGACCAUGAGUGAGUCGAAGAAGGGUGAUCUGGCUAUCCGGGAUAAAGCCAUCCUGGGCCAGCAGAGGCGUCUGAAGCAGGCCACCCAGUUCACACACAAAGACUCAGCCGACCUGCUGCCCCUGGAUGGGCUCAAGAGACUGGGCACCUCCAAAGAUCUGCAGCCCCACAGCAUCGUGCAGCGCCGCCUCAUGGCGGGAAACAUCACACAGCUGCGGGGCGAGGCCCGCGUGGGGAGACCCUCGCCCCUGGUCGACAGCAAGGAGGGGGGCGCCGGCGACGCAGAGGAGAAGAGCGAGAGCACGGCUGACGACUCCACGGAGGAGAGCGAGAGGAGCCUAGAGACGAGGUCGGACGAGGAGGAGGACAGCAGCGAGGCCGGGGGGAAGACAAGCAGCACGGCGGGGAACGAUAAAACAGAGGAGGGGAGGAAGGAGAGGCCUCUCACUACCCUGCUGGUCCAGUGCAAGUGCUGCGACACUGAGGUGAAGGCUUCCAUCAACACCGGGAGUCAACACAACCGCAUCUCCAGCUCCUGCUGCAGGAGGCUUGGAUUGGUUCCCACCCAGGAAGGUCCACCCUGUGAGCAGACAGAAGGCCAGGGCUCUGUGAGGGGCCUGCAGCUGCAGCUGGGCAGACAGAGUGUCCAGUGCUCUGCCCACGUCACUGAGGAUGAGGUGUUUGAGCUGUGCCUGGGUCUUCAGACUCUGCAGGAACUCAAAUGCUGUGUGGACCUGAGCAGUAGAGUCCUAAAGCUCCAGGGCUCAGGGGAGGAGCUGCCUUUCCUGGAGCCGCCAUUGGUCAGCCAGUGCCAUCACCAAGACAGCAAUGAGAACCUGUGACGCUGGCGUGUCACAACCUCCCAGCCGUCCCACGCCCUCCUCUGAUUGGCUGGCGCUGAAAAAACAUAAUGCGGUCUGGGUCGGGACUGUCCAAUCAGUGUCUCGCACUGCCAGGAACAUGGUUGGCCACUCCAAUUCUCUUCAGUUUACACCAUUGUGUUUGUUUCUGUGGAAUUAAGACAUUACCAUGAUGUUACCCCUGUAUUGAAUUAGACUAGUUUAUGGAGCAGAUGGAGCUCAAGGAUUGGGACAAUUCUAUGUAACAAUCUUCAUAAUUAUGUACUUAAUCAAGGUGUUUUUUUAUCUGCCAGACAGUGCAUCAUUGUUCAAUGCACUCAUGGAAAAAAGGAAUCUAAAAGGGUUCUUUGACUGUCCCCUUAGGAGAACUCUUUCUGGUUCCAGGUGGAACUAUUUUGGGUUCCAUGUAGAAUCCUCUUUGUAAAGAGUUCUACAUUGAUCUAAAAAUAAAAAAUAAAAAACUGGAACCAAAAGGUUUCUACCUGGAACCAAAAAGGGUUCUACAAAAAGUUAUCCUAUGGGAACAGCCGAAGAACCCUUUUAGGUUCUAGAUUAGGUUCACCUUUUUUCCCCUAAGAGUGUACUGAAACAUACGGAGGAGUCAGACGAUGAUUAUCAUUUGAAAUGAACAUAUUGUGAUUUGGAGGUAUAAAAUAAUUUAAAGCCAUUGAUCAUCAAUUAAAUGCCCAAACUGUUUAAAAUCAAAAUCAGUUCAGCCUAGAGAAAAAAAAUGAUAUCUCCCUCACAUCCCUUUACAGAGAGAUAGUCUUCUAGAUGUCCUCUCACACGUGGUCAAGAGAAAGUGAGAGAAAAAACAGGUCUUAUGAAACCUUUGAAUCUGCCUGUUAAAAAAUCUAAUUGAGAGUCAGGACAGACAGGGAAUUCUGGAAGAGAUGUGAGGAGACUACUGCUAUUCCUGAACUAACUGCCUUCAGCCAAGUGAAGACUCUCUCUCUCAUUUAUUUUCCCAAAUGAAGAGUGCUCCUAAGAAUGUCACGAUGACCCACAUCAAAACUAGUUCUCAAUAAUUCCACUUAAAAUGUUAAGAGUCCUGGAGCUAGUUGUGUGUGUCAGACGGACAGCACAGCAAAAAGAUCCAAACAUUCCAUAAUUCCGCAUGAUUUUAGAAGUCUGCUUUUGUAUACGUCUGGAUGUUAGUGUUCCUGUGAGAGUGUGUCAGUGUGUGUGACUUGGAGAUGUGCGAGUGUGUGUACGUACUGGUAGAUGUGCGAGUGUGUGUACGUACUGGUAGAUGUGCACUUUGUGUGUGUGUGGGUGUGUUGGAUGCAUGUCAAUCAAGGGGCUUUUCUGUUUUGAUAUGGUUAGUGGCUAGUGUUUCACAUGGGAAAGAAAAAGGGAUGAGUUCUAUUUACUUCUCCUCCUCCUACUCCUCCCAGCUGCUCCUCCUCCUCCCAGCUCCUCCUCCUCCUCUUCCCACCUCCUACUACUCCUCCCAGCUCCUCCUACUCCUUCCAGCUCCAGUCAGAGGGAGCUGCCAAAACGGAGCUGACCCCAGCUGCCUUCCUUCCCUCGUCUUCUUCAGGGGACAUUAAUCACUCUGCUCUGAGGCUGCUCUCUGGGACAAGGCCCUCAUAGAUGUUUGUUUAAGCAUAUUCUCUCUCUCUCUCCCUUAAUUUUUUAUGUUCAGGAAACAAAUCUGCUUGGUACAUUUGACCUCUUCUCAUUUGGUACGUUAUUCACUUUGACAAGCCUUGCUUGCUGAUUUGGUAUUUUACUAGGACCGGUGCAGCAGCACAGAAUCAUCAUCAGGACCCUGCUUGUUGCCUGACUGACAGUUUCACACUACAGGGUCGACUACAGGGCCGAAACGUACUGUGCUGGCUUUAAUAUCGUAUUUUCUCAUUAUCCUUUACAGCACAGUUCCAGCUACUAUGGUGGAUACGUAACGAGUCUGUAGUGCCUUGCAUUCGGAGGCCGAGCAGUUGCCAUGCCAGGCAGUGAUGCUCUCGAUGGUGCAGCUGUAGAACCUUUUGAGGAUCUGAGGAUCCAUGGCAAAUCUUUUCAGUCUCCUGAGGGGGAAUAGGUUUUGUCGUGCCCGCUUCACGACUGUCAUGGUGUGCUUGGACCACGUUAGUUUGUUGGUGAUGUGGACGCCAAGGAACUUGAAGCUCUCAACCUGCUCCAUUGCAGCCCCGUCGAUGAGAAUGGGGGCGUGCUUGGUCCUCAAUUUCCUGUAGUCCACAAUCAUCUCCUUUGUCUUAAUCACGUUGAGGGAGAGGUUGUUGUCCUGGCACCACACGGCCAGGUCUCUGACCUCCUCCCUAUAGACUGUCUCAUUGUUGUCGGUGAUCAGGCCUACCACUGUUGUGUCAUCUUCAAAUUUAAUGAUGUUUUUGGAGUCAUGCCUGGCCGUGCAGUCAUGAGUGAACAGGGAGUACAGGAGGGGCACCUGAGGGGAGGAUCAGUGUGGCGGAUGUGUUGUUACCUACUCUUACCACCUGGGGGGCGGCCCGUCAGGAAGUUCAGGAUCCAGUUGCAGAGGGAGGUGUUUAGUCCCAGGGUCCUUAGCUUAUUGAUGAGCUUUGAGGGCACUAUGGUGUUGAACACUGAGCUGUGGUCAAUGAAUAGCAUUCUCACAUAGGUGUUCCCUUUGUCCAGGUGGGAAAGGGCAGUGUGGAGUGCAAUAGAGACUGCAUCAUCUGUAGAUCUGUUGGGGUGGUAUGCAAAUUGGAGUGGGUCAGGGUUUCUGGGAUGAUGGUGUUGAUGUGAGCCAUGACCAGCCUUUCAAAGCACUUCAUGGCUACAGAUGUGAGUGCUACGGGUCGGUAGUUAUUUAGGUAGGUUACCUUGGUGUUCUUUGGCACAGGCACUAUGAUGGUCUGCUUAAAACAUGUUGGUACUACAGACUCGGACAGGGAGGUUGAAAAUGUCAGUGAAGACACUUGAUAGUUGGUCAGCGCAUGCUCGCAGUACAUGUCUGGGUAAUCCGUCUGGCCCUGUUAUUUGCCUCGAAGUGAGCAUAGAAGUGGUUUAGCUCGUCCGGUAGGCUCGUGUCACUGGGAAGCUCUCUGCUGUGCUUCCCUUUGUAGUCUGUAAUGGAUUGCAGGCCCUGCCACAUAGAACGAGCGUCAGAGCCGGUGUAGUACGACUCGAUCUUAGUCCUGUAUUGAAGCUUUGCCUGUUUGAUGGUUCGUCGGCGAGCAUAGCGGGAUUUCUUAUAAACUUCCGGGUUAGAGUCCUGCUCCUUGAAAGUGGCAGUUCUAUCCUUUAGCUCAGUGCGAAUGUAGCCUGUAAACCCUGGUUUCUGGUUGGGGUAUGUACGUACGGUCACUGUGGGGACGACGUCAUCAAUGCACUUAUUGAUGAAGCCAGUGACUGAUGUGGUGUACUCCUCAAUGCCAUUGGAGCAAUCCCAGAACAUGUUCCAGUCUGUGAUAGCAAAACAGUCCUGCAGUUUAGCAUCUGCUUCAUCUGACCACUUUUUUUUAUCAAUCUAGUCACUGGUGCUUCCUGCUUGAAUUUUUGAAGGAAUCAGGAGGAUAGAUACAUUUUUCCUCUUCUCAUUCAUUCCACUUUUGCUGACGUACGUUAUUCACUUUGACAAGCCUUGCUUGCUGAUUUGGUAUUUUACUAGGACCGGCGCAGCGGCACAGAAUCAUCAUCAGGCCCCUGCUUGUUGCCUGACUGACAGUUUCACACUACAGGGUCGACUACAGGGCCGAAACGUACUGUGCUGGCUUGAAUAUCGUAUUUUCUCAUUAUCCUUUACAGCACAGUUCCAGCUACUAUGGUGGAUACGUAACGAGUCCAAUCCAGUACUGUACAGCUCGGCUUGGUUCAGUUUGACCCUAUGGUGUGAAUCAUGGUAUGUGAGAAAGCCAAAAGGCCACGCUAUAAUCUUCCCACUAACAUGCAUUACACUCUGCCUUGAUCCAUUCGCAUUGUUUGGACAAUCGAGAAGCGCUUCAGACGCCCUCAAAAAGGUCUUCAUACUCUGCUUUUACCAUCUGGACCUGUAUUCAAAGAGUCUCUGAGUACGGGUUUCCACUAGUUAGCACAGCCACAGUCAAGAUUGUCUAUAUCGGGAAAAAAAUUAAUGAAAACAAAAAUGAGCUUUUUGGUCUUAAUUCAAGGUUAGACAUACGUUUUGCAGUGUGUUUACGGUUAGAUAUAAAAAUUUGAUUUCAGGAAGAGACGUAGAACUAGGCUGGGUUUAUGACUUUGUGGCUGUGGUAACUAGUGACUACCCCGAGUAGGUGCUGAUAUCGGAUCAGUCAUGCCUUUCAGCUCAUAAUGGACGAUAUUACAUGGACCUGAUCCUAGAUCAGCACUCCAACUCGGACUUUAUGUGAAGAUGGGUCCUGGACAGUGCCAUGCUCUCAACUGUGUAACAAUAUCCAUCUGACCUCUAGCUCUUUCUAUGGAGGUCACCCACAAAUAAUUGCUAAUGUUUCGUACUAGUGUACUUCCUAAUAUGCUGUGCGAUGGUAAUCGACGUAUGAAAUACAUUUAUUUUUUGUGUUUUUUCUGAACAGUAUUUUCUCUGCCUAUUAAAAGAUGUAUUCUGGCUA